AUGACCAUCCAAUUGCUACAGAGCGCGUCACAGGGCUGGAAAUGCCAACAAUGCGGACUUCCAGGUAUCCGGUUAUCCACCCGCCCAGGUAGCUCCGGUGUUACCAGUCGGGCGUACUACAAAUGCGUCCCUUGCAAUCGCUCCUUGGGCCUUUGUCCUUGUACCACACCUGGGGACAGGACGACCUCGACCUGCCCAUGCAGCGACUCGGAAAGCAGCGAUGUUGAGUCACCGGGUCUAGAGGACCAGACCAGCAGUUUCCCCAUUUUCUCCUCGAAGAAGCAAACAUUCAACCCACACAAUCCGAACUCGGGGUUCGAUGAGGACUGGGAAGCGAAUUGCACCCCGGGCUUUAUGGUUUCAAGGUUCAAGGCCGCUGGAAGGGAGAUUCUCUUCUGA